GUUCUACACGCUGCGACCAAGAUGGAAGAGUUUUCGUCUACUUUUAUGACACCCAUAACUCACAUUGGACCAGUGAGGGUGGCAAUAGUUUUACGCGUUCUUUUUUGUGUCCAAGUGGGUGGCCAGCGUCUGUCCUUUCUUCCAAGUGUGUAUACUCCAGGUAUCAGGUGGAUGAAUUGGGUGUCUGUUAUCUUCCAAAGGCUUGAAGGUUGCUUAGAUAGAAUGCCAUCCUUCAAUCACGAGGAAAGGUCUAUGCUUGUUGAUCUUGAUGGCAAAGACACGUUUCUCGUUAUGUUACCUGGCUUUGCAAAGGAACGAAGACAGGACCCAGUCCUGUGCGUGUUGGUUCUUUAAGUCAUUGUGAAGAAGGUUGUAUCCCA